AUCAUUAUCAACCAACAGGCCCUCCGGAUAUGAAUGAGGGCUCAUAAUGUGGUAGCCAGGACUUAUAAUCCCAGCAGGCCACCUUUUGCUUUUGGUGCAGGAAUCAGAUGUCUUGAUCCUUUUGGCUGACCACUGCUGUUCUCUUGGCAGGUUGUUUAGAAAGUCUUCCAAGCAAUGUACAGUGCAGAUAUGACUACAGGGACGUAUUAGAUAGCCAGUAUAACUGCAGACUGAGACAAUACCCAGGUUAACCCACCCUUACAAAUUUGAUAAACCACACUAAGUUAUUAAUAUCACUGAUAACAAGAUGGCUACAAAAAAAGCAUAAGCUGUCUUCCAUCAUUAUAGAUGCAAAGACUGUUACCUGUUCAUUGAUCACUGCGACAAGAUAAACCAAACUGCAACAUUAUGCAAUUGCCAAGUAAAGGUAUUCACAUCACACCUUUAAGUCUGAAGCAGUAGCAUCGGCUUAAAUCACAUAAAAACCGCAUUAACCGAAAGAUUGCUGCCUUGCCCGUAGUCAAAUGCCUCAUCAUUUCACCGCAGUAAAUGUAAGCAAAAGGCAGCGUGUGUUCAAAGGCGUCGAUACUGAUUUGUGUUUACACGGAGGAUACUGCCCUUCGGCGAGCGCAGACUGGAGGUCACAGCGUUUUCAGAGCCUCCUACUAGUUCACUGACUAGUGACAUCUACCAACAGCAGGAUGUGUAUGUUUGUGACGCUGGCAGAAGUGGUGGAGGCCCGGGAUUCACCUCUGGAUGAGGAUGAGGUCUGGUGUCUGCUGCUUGCUACCACUGAGGCCUUACUGGACAUCUCCAAAAAAGAUGGCUGUGUACUCACUGGUGCAUUGAUUUUCAUCUACUUCAAAACCAGCCGAGUAUGUGUGAGACCAUGGUGGUGAAGAGGACUGGCCUGCUUAUGGUGCUGGAGACCUGUGAGCUUCACCACAAGGUCACGAUUCUGCCUCCUGUGGAACGUCGCAUCAGACAGCUAGCUGAAGAUGUCUACAGAAACUCAUCAAAGAAAGGGAAAUCUCCAACCACCCAGAGAGAGCUACUGUAAGUGUGGUGAUGCCAAACAGUCAGCGCAUCCUAGUCAAGUGUGAGGUGAAAUCCAGAGGGGGAGACUUCUUUGACAUGAUUGUAGCUCACUCCAACCUGGUGGAACAUUUCUACUUUGGCCUUGCUUAUAUUGAUGGUGUGUCAGCAGUUGCCUGAAUGUGGUGUGUUGUUCCACUGUGAUGCGUGAGAAAAAGCAAGAGAUUAUCCUCGGGGUUUGUGCCAAAGGAGUCAUUGUCUAUGAGGUUAAAGAUGGCUACAGAUUCACAAUUCAGAACUGCCACCGUCUCCUCUAAUACGCAUACAUUUGUAGUAGAGAUGAGGGGCAGCAAGAAGUACACCAUCACAGAAGGGUCAAAGAUAGCCACAUACUUGUGUAACCUGUGUUCAGCCCAACACAAGUUCAACAGUGAGAUGGACUCUCGCCAGCUCAGCCACGGGCUGAUCCCAGGUGACAUUAUGCAGUAUGCAGCAGUGUGUCACGCUCAAAGAGGCCAGCUCAAGUCUUUCUCGUGUUCGGAGACACUGCUUGAUGACAGCAUUGAUGAUUCCUUAAUUAAGCUGUAUGACAAUGUCGCAGCCAGGAUCGAAACCCGCAUUAAACAGCAUCUCAACGAGCAGUGGUACACACAUCUGUCAGUUUUCAUGAGCGUAACUCCAUUUAAUCGUGGUAAUGUGCUUUCCAUUAUAUUGCAAGUGUGGUUGUCGGAUCUCUCUCUGAACCACAUCAGCCUGGAGGGCGUCACAUUCAGUGAGGCAGCAGAGCUCACGCAGAGCAGCCCCAAGGAGGUGCAGCUCAUUAACUCACAGCCCAAAGUGCCCCUCAGUCCCAGCACUGUGCACUCUCCCAUGCUGAGGAAUUACAAAUCCCAGACCUUGGUGACAGACAGCCAAGCUAGAGAUGAUGGCCUGGCUGAAAUCAUCUCAGUCAUGAUGACACUAAAGACCAAUAACAGGCUGCACGUCCCCCAGGAAGUACAAGUUCUCGGUACAUGGGACAGCUGCUCUCUGCUUCCCUCUUUGAACUGCAUAAGACCAGAGGAGAUCACUAUGGAGCUCCGGAAGAUAGCGGGAAAUCUGGGCAUUGGCAUCUCUGAGUCUAUGAAAUGUUUUAACAGCAAUAACACUGAUGGCAAGAUCUGACAAGAUUAGAGAAGAAGAAAGACGGGUUGCUUGACAUCACCUCCCUCACACUAUCAAUGCACUAAGCUGUGCUGCAACCAGUGGUAGAAGUAUUCAGAUCAAAAUUUGCAAUACCACACUUUAAAAAUACUCCAAGUCAGACUGAAUACUAAUAAAGCCAUUUGCCACUUUAAAUGACUGUAUAUAUUCUGAUCUGGUUUAAUCUAUCAUAUGUAAAAUCUAAACGGUAGUGACUGUCAAGUAAAUGAUGUGAAGAAAAUGUAAAGUAAAAGUGGAAAAACUCAACUAUAGUAUCUGAAUUGUACUUGAGCUCAGUAUUUGUAAUGUA